AUGCUCUCCACCCUCUCUGGCGGGGUAAACCCACCGGAGCUCAUCAGCAUCGUCCGCCGUUAUGCACCAAGAGCUUUUGGAGGAGGUGCGCUACUCCUCGCCAGCUUAUGUGUAGCCAAGUUCAUCGACACCCUUAUAAAGUCUAUCAAACCAGUGCCGUUCCCUGGCCCCAAGGGAGUUCCCUUUUUCGGCAUGGCUCUUCAACUCGACCAAGAGAAAGCCCUGGCCUGCAUGCGAGUCUGGAUUACGCAGUACGGCAAAACUAUCGGGUUUCG